UGUUGAGCAGUAGUGGCGUCCUAAACACCACACAGGGACAACCAACUGCGUCAGGACCCGGAGUGGGAGAGGAGCGCCUUCAGAUCACCGUCUUCCUAGCCGAGCCCUAGCCUGAAGCUGUCACAAGGAACCAUUAAGGAUGUGGAAGGACGAGGACGCCGAGGAGGGGGGCGUGUCCGCGGGGGUCGUCAGUCUCUUUGGCCCUGAGGACUCCGUGACCCCGAAGCAGAAGAGUGCCAAGGAGAAGAAAAACAGGGCGCAGAAGCGGCAGCGACAGAAGGACAAGACGACCAAGAAAGAGCCGAGAGCAAGACAGAAAGAUGAGGACACAAUGGACACCUUCCUUGGUUUAUUUGACCCAACACUGGAAGAUGAGACAACGGAUGACAUUGAUGAACUAAAUGGAAACAUUGUGGAAAAGAAUCAUGGGAAUACACAGUACAAGAAUUGUAAAAAUUCAUACUCUCUCCGAUCGGAGACUCUGGGAGGGGUGCGUAGAGGUCCAAGAGUUGCCAUAAUGCCCGACCAACUUCCCUCAGAGCCCCAGGAAGGGAACAUUGAAUACAAACUGAAGCUGGUCAACCCAAAUCACGAGAGAUUUAAGAGACUAGUAUCUCAGAUGCAAUGGCGACUACGCGAGGGCCUUGGAGAAGCUAUAUAUGAGAUAGGAGUAGAAGAUUCUGGGAUAUUAUUGGGUCUAACACAGGAGGAGCUUGAGGCAUCAAUGGCCACAUUACGUCGAAUGGCUAAACAGCUCGGAGCAUCACUAACAGUGAUACGUGAGAAAACAAUUUCAGGCCACAAUGGCGAGAUUCGCAAAGCAGCAGAAGUUCUAGUCAGAAAGGUACCUGAUGAUCAGUACAGCAUUGAACUGAGAAUUGCUGUUUUAGGCAAUUCUGAUGUAGGAAAGUCUACUUUACUUGGUGUUUUGACAAGAGGAGAAUUGGAUAAUGGUAGAGGGUGUGCGCGAUUAAAUGUUUUCCGUCAUAGGCAUGAAGUCUGCUCAGGCAAGACUUCUUCAAUAUCUUUACAAAUAAUGGGAUUUGACUCUCAGGGUAAUGUGAUAGAUCAGACAUGCACCAGGAGCAGGGACUAUGAUGAUGAGGAUAUCUGCAGUCAAUCCAUCAAGAUAAUAAAUUUUAUUGAUCUGGCUGGGGAUCAGAAGUACCUCAAGACCACAGUGUUUGGCCUUUCAGGAUACUCUCCACAUUAUGCUGUCUUAGUUGUAAGUGCUUUCUCUGGAAUGGCUCCCAUGACUGAGGAGCACUUGAGUCUCGCUCGUGCUUUGGAUGUUCCCAUUGUCAUUGUGAUAACCAAGACUGACAUGGCCACGCCACAACAGAUCCAGAGAACCAUCAAUGAUCUCAAGCAAACUUUAACUCAGCCUGGAUACAAACGGGUGCCUCUGUUAAUUCAAAAUGAAGAUGAUGCAAUAACAGCUGGAAGUAACCUAGCAAAUAUUUUCUGUGCCUCAAGCGUCACUGGUGACGGGCUUACUCUCCUCAAGAAAUUCCUUUUUGUGUUACCGCCAAGGAUGAGCAACAAAGAGAGGGAGAAACUGGAGCAGGAACCUGCAGAGUUCCAGAUUGAUGAGGUUUUCCAUGUAGACCAUAGUGUGAUUGUUGGAGGGCUGCUCACCAAGGGAGUCAUCAUGCAAGGAGCAACACUCCUUUUAGGACCAAUGGAUAAUUGUACCUUUGUACCUGUAACUGUUGGGUCAAUUCACCGAAACAAGGUGCCAUGCAGGGUUGUUUGUGCGGGACAGUCGGCAUCUCUUUCUAUUAAAGGACAAGAUCUUAGUUUACGGAAAGGCAUGAAAUUAAUGAGCAUUGAAGCAAGACCCAGAGCAUGUUUUUAUUUCCAGGUAAGAACACAAGUACUUCAUCAUUCAACAAGCAUAUGUCGUGGAUUCCAGGCAACAGUACACAUUGGUAAUGUACAACAGACAGCUGUUGUUGAAGGCAUUCUUGGUUCUCGAGGGUUACACACCAAUGAUCGUGGUUCUGUCAUUUUCCGCUUCCUUCGACAGCCUGAGGUUGUCCAGAAUGGAGCAAGAUUAUUAUUUAGACAAGGGAUGACAAAAGGUAUUGGGCAAGUAAUACAAGUGUUUGAGGAGGAACCAGAUAAUGUGAAUCUGUACAAUGGAUACGAGAAGCUAGGAAGCUAGUUUGGAGACUAAUUACUUAUUAUUAAGUUUGUAAACAGAUUUAGUAAACAUAACUUAAGGAAAAACAAUUUGAAAAUAUAGCUAGAGCCAAUGGUUAAUCAUAACCACAUAUUGUACCUUGUGAGAUAUUUUCCAUUCCUUAGAAUUUAAUAUAAAAAGAAAAAAAAAUGGAAAGGAUUAAUAUUGUAACCUCCCUUCUUCCUGCAAAUAUUUUUUGAGUCUUAACCCUUUGCUGUGGAAGCUGCCAAACAGGACUUUUACAAAUUUUGAUAUAUAUUUUAGUUUCUGUUUAAUAUUCU